ACCGAUUAGAGCCUCUGGGAGCAUCUCCAGUGGGAGGGGUGGAGGAAGGGGCAGAAUGCGUCAACGCAUUCGCAUAAGGCUCCUCUCCUUCACCAUAGGAGUCAGUGUCGCGUCCGAUUCCAAGACUUGCGCACCUGUUGACCAGCCCAAAUCGGAAUGUUUCCGCUGCGCAAACUCAUUGGACUCACGUUCCUCUCGCGUUUACGUAAUGACCGAAGAGGGGAAUCGCAGUGGAAUAUCGAGCCAAAAACAUCGAGCAAGGCGACUUCCCUUUCUCGAUUCCUCGCGCCUGACUGGCUGCUGCGACUAAGGGAUGGAAACAACACCAGUCAGCAGAAGAAGUGCGCCUUUUCUUCAGACCUCGCUCGCAUCGACUUGAAGUCCGAUGAUCCCUUCGACUUGUUCAAAGACUGGCUCCAAGAGGCCAAGACUUUUUCGACAGGCUUGCCCAGCAGUUUUUGUCUCGCUACAGUGUCCAAGGAGCUGAAUGUCUCCGCUCGUCAUCUCGUCCUGAGGGAGUACAGCUCCGAGGGUUUCGUUUUCAUGACUGAUGAUCGCAGUCGGAAGGUCGACGACCUGAAAAAUGUCCCCUCAGCUGCCAUGUGCUUCUUGUGGUCCUAUUAUAACGACACCCAGCAACAUGUCGCUAGACAGGUACGUGUAGAAGGCGCCGUGCAAACGCUUCCCAGGGAGAAGUUCCAGCAUCUUUACGACAGGGAACCAUUUUACUGCAAGAUACGGUCACAUAUCUGCCACCAGGAUCAAGAAACCGACUGGGACGACCUAAAAAAAAGACACGAUGAGUUAGUCGAAGAGGCUCGCAAUGGCAACAAAUCCCUGCCAAUGCCCGAUUACGUCGGAGCGUACGUGCUGAUCCCUUCCAUGAUGGAAUUCUAUCAUGCAAGAGAUUGCCUCAUAGCAGAUCGCCUGAAAUUCUCUAAAGCAGAUAAAGCCUGGACGCACAAGAGAAUUUGCGCCUAAGUCCUCGAACUUAAUGUUCCCCAAACUAUUCCUAACUAUACAUACAAAUACACGUGGUCAUAUAGUU